CAGUAUAGCGACACAACAUUUUUCUCGUAAAGUUCGCGACCGUCCUUGAAUCAGAAACAUAAGUUCGAUAUUCAAUAAAGUAAACACAAUACAACCGCCGUGAUGGCUCACACAGCAGGGACGAAGAAGUUAGGCAGCUGGUUUCCAACCGCUUCGGUGGCUAAAGCUGCGCCAGUUGAAGGCAAAUGCACCAUAUUAUUAUUCUACCAUUACUGCAGACCAGAACUCGAAAAGGAUGCGAAACAGAGAUUGAUCGCAUUUCUGCAGGACACUACGGGACGUUUGCAAUUGGGCGGCAGACUGCGCGUGGCCAAUGAGGGGAUCAACUCCACCAUGUCAGGCACAGCAGACGCCGUCAGGGAAUUCGCCGAUGCGCUGACAAAUUGGGCAGCUAAGGCGGGAAAAGGCCCUUUCUUGAAUCCCACGCCCGACUACAAAUACAUCGAUGAUCUGCCGCCUGACCGCGCCUUCAAGGAUUUAAAGAUAUUGCCUGUGAACGAGUUGGUGUUCUAUGGUGUGGAUGAGAAACAUGCCCCAUUAGUCAAUGGAGGCACCCACUUGGAUCCAAAGGAUUACCAUCAGAAGAUGAAGGAAAAUGACACCGUUAUCAUCGACGUGCGCAACCACUACGAAGCCGAGAUCGGGCGUUUUGAUGGCCAAGAAAAGGAGGGAGGCGCUAAAUACAUUGAUCCCAAGAUGCGCAAGAGCACGGACUUCAAGCAGUGGCUGGCCAAGGACGAGACUAAAGCAGAGUUGAAGGGCAAACAAGUUCUGAUGUACUGCACAGGAGGGGUACGCUGCGAACGCGCGUCAGCACUGCUCAAUACGGAGAUGGGAAAGGAUCUGGGCGGCAUCUUUCAACUGCAGGGUGGUAUAGAGAAGUAUUUGCAAGAGUUUCCCGAGGGAGGCCACUGGCAGGGCAAGAACUAUGUGUUUGAUAAACGUGAGGCGUUCGGCGUGGGCAACCUUGCGGGUGUGGGCGGGGUGGUGGAAGGGGGUAAGAAGAAGAAGGAGAAGGCUGGCAAGGGGCUGAGCGAGGGAGUAUUGGGAAAAUGCUGUGUGUGCGCGUGUGAAUGGGACAGGUACAUUGGCAAGAAGAAGUGUUACACGUGUGGGGUGCCUGUGCUCAUGUGCUCUGCGUGUUGUACGCUCAAACCAGACAAGACUCCUGGCAAAGAACUCACAGUGCGAUGUCCGCUGUGUGUGCAGCAGAACAUCACUGUACCAGCAGCUGACGUGCAGCUGACCGACAAUGGUGUGGGUGUGAGUAUUAGCAAAAAAACUAAAUCCGAUGGCGGCAGAAAUCGCACAAAUGGGAAGGAAGGCGAGGGCAAAUCCGCACCCAGUGUGUGCAAAUGGGGUGGAGGACAUGCGGUGGACAAGAAGAAGACACGAGCGGUCAAGACCUUUGGAAAGAAGUGCAAGUUAGGCGACGAGUGCACCAGGUCUGCAUGCUACUUCACACACCCCAAGGACGCGAAGGCUAAAGCGAACGAGCACAGUAAGCGACCGCAUGACAGUGGUAGUGCCGCUGAGGUGACCAAAAAGAGGAACGUUGAUACGACAGUUGAAAAGGGCUCGAACAUCGACAUUCUCAGCAAAGUCAUGCUCAGUGCCAAGGAGAGGAAGAGUGUGUCACAACCCCACGGUGACAAGGAACAGAAGAUAUCAAAAAAAACGAAAAUCAGCAAGAAAUUAUAGUGGGUGGAUAGUUAAGUUGGCGUUACAUCCUGAUGCAUGGCCGUGGUAGGUGGAGUGGCGAACAUUGGCGAAGAAGUGUUUAGCACGGCGGAUUUAGCACAAUGUGUGCUCUCAGCGGGUGUUGGAGUUCAUGCGCUCUCGCCUGUUACGACUGAAUGUAGUCAUCUCGUAAAUAGUGUUUGAAAUUUGGUCGCUCCUUUUACCGUCCUCUCGAUUUUGAUUGAAGGUGUAGUGCUGUGUACUUAUAGCUGUAAUUGACAAAUAAACCACAAAAUACCUGGUGUCGGCCAUUCAUGA